GUGUACUUUAAAAAAUAACAAACUUACGUUACGUUAAGUUUUUCAGAAUUUGUUUAAAUCGCUAUGAUGUCACUCGUGCGCAUAUGUACGUGCCUAUUGGCACUUGCAAUAUACACAGUAUCGUGCGAUGAUGGCAAAACACAUCAUGAUUAUUGUGUGAUCGGUGCUGGCCCUGGAGGGCUUCAGAUGGCAUACUUUCUUCAACGAGCUAAAAGGGACUACAUCGUAUUUGAAAAAGGACCAGUUGCAGCAACUUUCUACACAAAACUUCCAAUUCAUCGCACUUUAAUCAGCAUAAACAAAAGAAAUACAGGAAAAACAAAUAAAGAAUUCAAUCUACGCCACGACUGGAAUUCUCUUAUCUCAAACGAUGAUAGUUUGAGGAUGGGAAUGUACUCAAAAGACAUAUUCCCAGACGCUGAUGCAUUCGUCCAAUAUAUGAAUGAUUUUGUUCAAAAACUGAAACUGAACGUCAAGUUCAAUACAACAAUUGGCAACUUGGGCAAGAAAGAUCCAGCGGAUGAUUUAUUUCAUGUGAAUGAUCAGCAUGAGACUGAGUAUACAUGCAAACGAGUCAUUGUGGCUACUGGGAUAUCGAAACCAGUCACAGUAAAUAAUGAUCAGCUGAAAAAUGUAACCGUGGAUUAUUCGGAUCUUUCACUUGAUCUUGAAAAAUUUGAAGGGAAAUCUGUUUUGAUUCUUGGUCGAGGAAAUUCAGGAUUUGAAACAGCUCAGUACAUCAUGGGACGAACCAACUAUAUCCAUAUGUUAGGCAGACAACGACUUCGUCUUGCUUGGUCAACACAUUACGUUGGUGAUCUUCGAGCUGUAAAUAACGGAAUUUUGGAUACCUAUCAGCUGAAAUCACUGGAUGGAUUAAUUGAAGGCGACAUCAGCGAUUUACCUAUUGAGAGAAGCAAAUUGGAUGACCGAUUCUAUUUGGACGCGGAAAAACUUGGAGAUCAGUUCGGAGAUAUCGACAACGACGCACUCAGAGAAGGUUAUGAUAUGGUCAUAUCAUGCCUCGGAUUUCAAUUUGAUGAUGCAUUAUUCAACAGCACUGUAAAAGUUAAACGAGCCGGUAGUCAUAGACUGAGAAAGUAUCCAAGAAUUACUUACCAGUAUGAAGCGUCGGAAAUGCCUGGUGUCUUUUUUGCAGGAACAAACACACAUUCUCUGGAUCACCGUCGUUCUGCGGGGGGAUUUAUUCAUGGAUUCAGAUACAGUGCAAGAGCUCUGCAUAACAUUUUGGAAAACAGAUAUCACGAUGUCACUUGGCCUGCUGUUCAUUUUCAGUCCGCGAUCGAAGUUAUCCCACAUUUGAUAAAAAGAGUAAACGAGGCUUCUGAUAUUUAUCAAAUGUUCGGAGUGUUUUGUGAUAUUGUCAUAUUUGGCGAUGACGAUACUAAAGCAAUUUAUUUAGAGUCAUACCCAUGUGCAUUGGUCAGUCGAAUUCCGAAAGUUUCUGGCCAUCCAGUUCCCGGAAAACUAUUGGUUAUAUCAAUGGAAUAUGGUAAAAAUUCUUCCGGUCCAGCAAAGGACGUAUUCAGGGAAGAUCGAGCAGUUGGGUCUGCAAAAGAAGCACACACCUCCAAUUUUUUGCAUCCAAUUGUUUAUUAUUAUAGUAAGUUGCCCUCGGAUGGAAUGGUACUGAACAGACCGAAAAAAUGGAUCGUUCCAGUUCCGGAUCGCAUCCACCACAUUGUGGAAGAUUUCACAACUGUUUUUGAUGCUCCUGUCACUCACGUUUUGGGGUUGAGAAGGUUUUUUGAAACAAUACUUGGUAAGGAUUUGCGACAGUAUUACGUUGAACAAUGUAUGGUCGCCAGUUUAGUUUCUUCUACGAUACCAGAGUCAUGUAAGAUCUACGAUAUGCAUGGCCGUGGAAUUUCUGCUGUGGCAGACCUGAAAGAGAACCUUGCAAGCAUGGAACCUUGGCUUGUACAAAGAAUGGCAGUUAAAUAAAUGUAGGCAAUACAUUCAUUCGGUAUUUUGUUUUUUAUGGACCUUCUGGAAAGCUAGUAGAUAAAACAAUAUCAACAUAUAGAAGUCAAAAUAUAACACAGAAUCACAGCAAUCAACGCAACAUCAAAAUAUAGAAGUGGCUUCAAUUAUCAAGUGCAAUUAUUACUAUUUAAUUUGUGCAUUUUGUACUUAACACAAAUGAAUGAAUCAAUAUGUUUUAAGAAUUUAGUUUUUCACUGUCUGCAUAUCCGAUAACAGUUUGUCAGGAUAAAUCUCCAAACAUGCUUUGCUAGUGAUCGAGAAUGCCUUGUUCUGUUCUGUUCUAAUUUAUUUUUAUUAUUUAUGCAGAAAAGAGAAGUGUUUGGAAUAUUAUUUGUAAACGAGAAUUCAGACCAAUAUCGUUACUGGGCAACAGGUUUAUGUCGUUAUUUUCCAUGUUAUAGAUUUGUAUGCUUCUUUUUUUCAUUGGUUUAUUCAAACUAUAUGUUAUUAUUAUGUAGAUAUCAAAGAUGUUUAUAAUUAUGCAGAAUUUGAAUUUUAAAGAUAAACUAUAUGCUUUGCUGUUUACUUCUUAGUAUGCCAUAAUAGUUGAUGUAAUAAUAACAAUUCCUUAGCCAUCAGUGCCCAUCCCUGCUAAUACUCCGCGUGAAGUAACUGUAUAUUGAUUGUUUUCAUAUUAACGUCGAAUAUACCUUUCGUGAACUAUUCGAAUUCGUGCUCACAUCAUAUUUUUAUUUGAACAAUUGGUUGCAAAACGCAUAUAAAAUAAUAAAAAUUUGUGUACAUAUCUUUUUCAUUAAGCUACACUUUUUUUAGAAUUCGACAAAAUAUCUCAGUAAAAAUAUAAUUGAACCAAUAAAUCAAAACGUAUGCAAUUUUUAUUUGAAAUAAAAUGACCCAGAUUUA